UUGAAUGAACUGCUUGUGAGGCCAGACACGACAGCACUAGCAGCAAUUUCAAAGGCAGGAAGCGGCUGUAACAAUAUGAGCCUCUGGCAUUUCUGGAUGUGACGCUCUUUGAACAGGGUACUUGGUAGUGCUGUUGCAUCUCUCCUGUCCACUGACUGCAGGGCCCCUCUUACCAGGAUUCUAGAGGAGGGAUAAGUGAUGCUGCAGUCUCUUUGGCAUUUUUUUUCUUGCCUUUUUUCAAAGGCUACGUGUCAAGGCCCCUCUGAAGCAAAAGAGAAUGAGGCAAAGGAACCCCCAGCUCCCAGUUCUGAGGACCUGGGCCCAAAGACAUUGGGGGACCCGGUCAGCAAAGCUGCCAGUCCCUCUGAAAGGAGACCCACUAUUCUGCUGGUAGUUGGACCCGCAGAGCAUUUUACACAGAAAAUUGUAAAAGCCGGAGAUAAGGACCUGGAUGGCCAGCUGGAUUUUGAGGAGUUUGUUCACUAUCUCCAAGACCAUGAAAAGAAACUGAGGCUGGUUUUCAAAAGUUUAGACAAAAAGAAUGAUGGUUGCAUUGAUGCACAGGAGAUCAUGCAGUCCCUUCGGGAUCUGGGAGUCAAGAUCUCUGAACAGCAGGCAGAGAAAAUCCUCAAGAGAAUAAGGACUGGGCACUUCUGGGGUCCUGUCACCUACAUGGAUAAAAAUGGGACGAUGACCAUAGACUGGAACGAAUGGCGUGACUAUCACCUCUUGCACCCCGUAGAGAACAUUCCAGAGAUUAUUUUGUACUGGAAGCAUUCAACGAUCUUUGAUGUGGGAGAGAAUCUGACCGUGCCGGAUGAGUUCACAGUGGAAGAGAGGCAGACUGGGAUGUGGUGGCGACACCUGGUUGCCGGGGGAGGUGCCGGAGCCGUGUCAAGAACAUGUACUGCUCCUUUGGACCGCCUAAAAGUGAUCAUGCAGGUCCAUGCGUCUCGCAGCAACAACAUGUGCAUUGUUGGAGGCUUUACCCAGAUGAUUAAAGAGGGCGGCCCGAGGUCACUUUGGCGAGGGAACGGCAUCAAUGUCUUGAAGAUCGCUCCAGAAUCAGCUAUCAAGUUCAUGGCCUACGAACAGAUCAAGCGGUUCAUUGGCACUGACCAGGAGGUGCUGAGGAUUCACGAGAGGCUGGUGGCAGGUUCCUUGGCAGGAGCCAUUGCGCAGAGCAGCAUCUAUCCCAUGGAGGUCCUGAAGACACGGAUGGCCCUGCGCAAAACAGGGCAGUACUUGGGGAUGCUGCACUGCGCGAAGAACAUCCUCGCCAAGGAAGGCAUGGGCGCUUUCUACAAAGGCUACGUCCCUAAUAUGCUGGGAAUCAUUCCGUACGCUGGGAUUGACCUCGCUGUAUACGAGACGUUAAAAAACAGCUGGCUGCAACGUUAUGCUGUGAAUAGUGCUGACCCCGGGGUGUUCGUUCUGUUGGCCUGCGGUACCAUCUCUAGCACCUGUGGGCAGUUGGCCAGCUACCCUCUCGCCUUGGUACGGACACGAAUGCAAGCUCAAGCUUCGAUUGAGGGCGCGCCCCAGGUGACCAUGAGUGGCCUCUUCAAACAUAUCCUGAAGACGGAGGGAGCGUUUGGCCUCUACAGGGGCUUGGCCCCCAACUUCAUGAAGGUCAUCCCAGCUGUGAGCAUCAGCUACGUGGUCUACGAGAACUUGAAGAUGACUCUGGGGGUGCAGUCCCGGUGACCACGUGGCGUCUGGACCCCUUGAACUCUUAACACUACCUUGGGGCUGCGACCCCAGGGUGUUCGGCCAUUUCAUUCUGUGAAUGUGUUGAUUGACACUAAGCUGAUCGAGCCAAGCUGUGAAAAUCCCAGAUGGGGUUGUGUUGUGGGGUGGAGCAGGAGGGCCUUGGGCCUUUCCGCUGCGUUGCUGCCACCAGAGCUGUGUGCUUGAGCUGUCAUCAGGCAAUCCUCCCUGCAUGCGAGGGACCAAACUGGGAAUCCAAGGGAAAAAAAUGUCUUGAGAUGUCAAUGCUGGCCUAGCUCCUAGCACAGCAGAGGAGGGAGAUGAGCACAGCUCUCCUCUUGCGAGUCUCGGAGCUGGAGAAUGUAUCCCCUUCCAACUUGCUUGAAAGAGCUUCUUUCCGUUGAGUUGUUCAACUCCUCCUACCCAUGGCUUUAAGUCGACACAACACCUUGCCGUGGAGUAGGAACGGCUGCUGGGCCAGAAAUUACUUUGCUGUUUACAAACUUUCCUUUUGGGUAGGAGCAGUUCAUGUUCUACUUCAAAAUCCUUGACACUGCAAUGUAACUUAACAAACAAACCAAGACUCUGAGGGCAAAGCCGAAGCCGAGCGUUACUUUUAAGGCUAGCUGGGCGGAGCUGAAAGGCUUUUAUUUUUGUAGGUCUGAUUUGAGCGUGUGUCCCUCUAAAACUGCUAACGAGAUGCACUUAAUAAUGGAAGCAGCAGCCACCGAGAGCCUGCAUGUCCGUCUUUGCAUGCCAGAGAGGCUUGUCUCUUCAACGGGGGCAGCUGGGAGGGCUUUGGGCAACCUGGCGCCGUUGGGAGCUGUGCUGCUUUGGACCCACCUUUGCACCUGAGUCCAGCGCAGCACUGGUGGGUAGCAGCGGCUGACAGAAAGUCACCUUCGCUCCCCAUGUAGCAUUUUGCAUGGCGCUUUUGAACGCCGUCUGGCUGGGGGUUGUGGCGACCAAAUUCCUCUCUUUGAAAACCUGAGCCGUGGCUGCUUUAGAUCUACAUAGGUGGAUGCUAGAGUUUGCGUUAGGGUGGGUGGGGUGGUGGUGGACCUGGACUGAGGGGUAGGCAGUAGCGUCGCUGCGGGGGAAAUGGACAGGGUGAACUGACAGUGGGAAAGCAACCGCUUUUGUUGGGGAUUGGGAGAGGAGGCUUCUUGCGUCCCCUUCCUGCUUUUCAUCGGGAGAAGGGAAGGCGGGGGCUGCCAUAUCUCUGCCCUUACCAAGGGACCCUUGAGCCUGUCUCCCCAGACCUCUUGGGGAAUCCUCGUCCAACUUCGGGGCCAGCAUCACAUUCCAUGGUUUCGUUUUUACUGCUUAAAGCAUAUUUAUUUUGUAUUUAUUUGAAGGCAAAGAGUUAUUCUCAAACUAUUUUUAUAGACUUGUUUUAAAUAUAGUUACUGUGUCCUUGGUUUGCCUGUAUUAUUUUUUUUUUUUUGUAGAGGUUCUGUAUUUAUGUUCUUAAAAAACCGUUUUGCACGUUUAAGCAUGGCCUGAUUGAACUGCUGGUGGGGGAGGGCCCCUUCCAGAGGUCACGAGCGCUCAGUUCCCCCUUGUAUGAACUGGGACGCCUAGUCUUGCAACCGGGGUUGAUUGAGGCACUCAGUCGGUCAAGAGAAAAUUCCUUGUAGGAAAAAGCCUUAGGAGAGAAGGGGAUGUGGGGAUGGUGGGGGGACGGGACUUCGUUUUGAGGCAUGCCUUACCGUGGAAUCGCCUCACGUUUCGCCUCUUUAUUAGGGUGGGUGUUGGUUGAAGAACCACACGUUGUAUUUUUUUUUUUAAAGGGGGUCGGGGCGCCUUAAUAUAAUGAAAAGGGCUGGUUGGACUUGGGGCGAGACGCAGAAGAAGAAGGAAUCUCAGGGAGACAAAUGCCACAAGAUUCCCGUUUUCCUGGGGUGUGGAAGGAAAUCGCGCUCGGAGCUGAGCUGCUGCGGUUUUCUGUGCGGGUUCCUGAGGUCCUGCCAAACGGGGCCUGUUCCGGGGGCACGGGAAUGCGCUACGGUGGAGCUGUUAGCCCUGAAAGCCGCAGCAGCAGCAGCCUAUGUGGCCGUGCAACUGCUCCGUGCAUUGGAAGACGUGUGCCGCAUAGGGCAGCUUCUUUCCCCCACCCCCAACCUCCAUGGGGGUCCUCUGCUCUUUCGUUGGGAUGAUCCACGGCUGCUUGGGAAUAACUCCCCACUUGUCUCGAGUUCAUAUCUGGGUCAGUGACGUGACGCUUUACCUCUUCGCCCUUUCGUGAGUCACGAUAGCAAGGUGGACAACUUGAGGCUCUCCAGAUGUUUGGGCCUACAAGUCCCAGCAUCCCUCACCAUUGUCUAUGCUAGUAAGGGCUGAUGGGGGUUGUAGGCAACACAUCCGGAGGGCCACCAGCUUCCCUCCCUUGCCCCAUACCUCGGCAGCACCUUUCUACCAUUUGUGGCCUGAAGAGAGUAUUCCGAACGUAACAAAUCAGUGCAAAAUGAACUGUCUUUGACGCUGUAACUUGGAUUUAUGAAAAGCAAAUCUAAGAAAGCAAGAAGCCCUUGAUGGUAGGGGACAGUUUGCUAAUAAAGGUUUAUCAUGCUGAUGUA